AUGACAUAUGCUGACGCUGAAACUCAAACCGUCUGGGCUGGCCUCACCAGGAUGGAUGUUCGUCCUGACAUCCUCUUCACUGCCCCCGAUACCACUACUCCGCCUGCCGAGAUGAUUACGGACAAGUUGCAGGGCCUUGACAAUGUCAUAACCGGUGCCCAGCUAGGUGCCCUCGAUCCGAACAGCUCCUCGUUCCAGAGCCUGCUCGAGAGGCGACACAAGCGCCCUGGCAUGCCUACGCGCAUCUCUCUACCGAUAUCCGACCUUGACGAUGAAGUCUUCCCAUCUCCGGCUCCGACCCAUGCCCUGCUCUCCCCGCUACCCGAAGCCAAUAAGCGCUUCGCCGGUCACACCCCGUUGAUCCCACGCGCCCUGUCUCCAGUACAAGACGAGGGGCUCGCAGUUGAAGAGCCGCCUGCUCAGGAAGAACAGACACUGUUUGGUACACCACCAGAAGAUCAGCCUUUGAUAGGUCCGCUCAUGCUACCCACCAACCCGGUCGAUGGUGCUAGUGAUCACAUAGCACUCGACGUGCUCGAUGAUGUGCUCGAGCAGGUUGCCAAGGACCAGGACAGAUUCAGCAAACUUAAAGAUGCACCCGAACCCGCCGCUCCCCCAGCAACCGCAGACAAUGCUGAGGAAGACUUGCCACUGAGUCGGAAAGGUUCGGCCGAAUCUCGCAAUUCCUGUGCUACCGAAGUUGUAGAUGGCGUCAGGCUCAAGAGUCCACCACUCAACUUUGGAGUACCCAUUGGGCAAGUCUAG